CACACACACCAACCUCUCUCUCUCUCACUCUCUCUCUUAUAAUCACUGUCUGUCACACACACCUAAUAGCUAUGGACACUGGAGGCUUUCAUGGCUACCGCAAGCUCCCCAACACCUCCUCUGCCUCUGGGUUGAAGCUGUCAGUGUCAGAUAUGAACAACAUGAGAGCAGAGAACAACAACAACCACACAGGAGAGGAUAACGAGUGCACGGUGAGGGAGCAAGACAGGUUCAUGCCAAUCGCAAACGUGAUAAGGAUCAUGCGCAAGAUUCUCCCUCCACAUGCAAAAAUCUCCGAUGAUGCAAAGGAAACAAUCCAAGAGUGUGUGUCCGAGUACAUCAGCUUCAUCACUGGGGAAGCGAACGAGCGUUGCCAGAGGGAGCAACGCAAGACGAUCACUGCUGAGGACGUGCUUUGGGCCAUGAGCAAGCUCGGAUUCGAUGACUACAUCGAACCACUCACCAUGUACCUUCACCGCUACCGUGAACUCGAGGGUGACCGAACCUCCAUGAGGGGUGAACCACUGGGGAAGAGAACCGUUGAAUACGCCACUCUUGGCGUCGCCACUGCUUUUGUGCCACCACCCUUUCACCCCAAUGGAUACUUCAGUGCUGCCAUGGGGUCCUACGUUAGGGAUGCACAUGCAAACAAUGCUGCUUCCUCUCAUCACCCUGGAAUCUCAAACGCUGAACCAAAUGGACGCUCCAUGUAGAUUGAGUUGAGAUCUUGGAGAACAAAGAAGGCUUAAUUGCAUUUGGAAGAACGAGGAUAAUUAGUCUUAUAAUAAUUAAGGGCUGGCAUGGGAAGGGGGUUAGAGUUAUAUCCUAAUCCUAACUAUGUGUAUGUUUUGUUUAUGUUCAACGGAUGGAUUUUCUGAUGUUUAA